GCCUCCACUACUACCACCACACCUACCUUUCUUUUAUUAUUGUCACCCCUUCAUUCAUUCAUAUUUCUCUCUAUCCUCAUUACUGAUUGUGCUCUAAAUUUCAGUUUCUUGGUGUAAAGUUUGAAUCUUUUUCACAACCCUCUUCAAGAUUUAGUGUGAAUUUGUGUUUGGUGGAGUAAAGUUUGUAUCUUUUGCAUACCCACUUCAAGAUUUUGUGUGAAUUUGUGUUUGUUGAAGGAAAGUUUGAAUCUUUUGCAUACCCUCUUCAAGAUUUUUGUUUUUGGUGGUGUUUGUGGAGUAAAGUUUGAGUCUUGAUGGAAAAUAUACUUGGUUUGCUUGAUAAUAGUGGUGGUGGGAUAGGUAGAGAAGUGCCUUCUGGGGGUUCAACAACUGGGUCAAUGUCAACUGUGGAUAAUCUGGUGUUUUCAUCUGAGGUUUCUUCUUGUUACCCAGAUGAGAAUAAUGAUUCUGAUGAGCUUGAGUUGGGUCUUGGGUUGAGUCUUGGUGGUGGGGGAGCUGCUGCCCCUUUGAACAAGUCUUUAAAGGCUCCUUCUUGGUGUGGUAAUGGUCAAUAUGCUAGAAUCUUGACUGCUAAAGAUCUUCCUUGUUUGGUGUCAAAGUCCUCUUCUUCAUCUUCUCCUAGUACUAUUCCUAAGGCUAAUCAUAAGAGAAUUGCUGCUGAUUCUGUCUCACCUCCUAAUGGUGCUGCUUCUAGCAGCCAAGUUGUGGGAUGGCCUCCUGUCAGAGCUUACCGAAUGAACAGCCUUAACCAAGCUAAAUUGUCAAUAACUGAAGAUUUCAGCUCUAUUGUGGACAAGAGUGAGAAUGCUGUGGUAAACAAGGAUAAAAAUAGCUGCAACAAGCAGGGAAAUGACACGAUGGAUAAAGGACCUUCCAAGACUUCUCUAUUUGUUAAGGUCAACAUGGAUGGAACUGCAAUUGGACGAAAGGUGGAUCUGAGCGCUCAUAACUGCUAUGAGACAUUGGCACGGACUUUAGAGGAUAUGUUUUGUCGAUCUAAGACUGCUAACACAAAAUCAAGCAUGGAGGGGCACAACAUACUGGUAGAAGCAGGGGGGUCCUCUAAACUCUUGGUUGGAUCUUCAGAAUAUGUACUUACCUAUGAAGACAAAGAAGGCGACUGGAUGCUUGUUGGAGAUGUUCCUUGGAGGAUGUUUGUUUCAUCUGUCAAGAGGCUUAGAAUUAUGAGGACAUCUGACGCAAAUGGACUUGCUCCCAAGAUUCAAGAGAGGCAUGGGAGACAGAGAGCUAGAGCCAUCUAGCAUGUUUUCACCCUUGUUUUUACUGAAUGAAAUGAAGUCGUGCUUGGAUCGAGAGUUGCAGAAAUCUUAAUACAGAUACUGAUUAUGGUCACUGAUCUUCAUCGAAGAGAUGAUUUUCGCAAUUGGUUUGUUAUAUUUACCAGAGUCUUGUCAUUAACUAGCUCUCGGGAAAGAGCUCUUUUGUUCGGAGGCCACAAGCAUCCUACUUACUGUGUCAUACACGUAUGCAAGUCGAAAGCUAAAUAUCUAAUAUUGUAAUUAUAGAAGUGCUAGACGAAAAUGUGGUUUUGUGUUUGCUGCCCUCGUAAGCUGGAUCGGUUCCAUCUAUAUUAGCUAAGGAAAAAGAAACAUGUCUGGUUUCUGUAUGUUGAACAGCAUAUAUGGUUUGUGUUGCAAGUAAAAUUUCUGAGAUGUCUUCAACUUUUCCAUGAUAA